AUGACUACUUUUGAUUCUAAAUAUGAUAUGUUUCCUGCUGGUGAUGUUGGGGUAGUGGAAGGAGAAAUGAAUAUUCCAUCUAGAGGAGUCCCUUCUGGAGAGAAUAUGGAAUUCAAUACUCUCGAUGAACCAAUUAAAGAAACAUUUAUGCGAGACCUGAGAGCUGUUGGAAACAAAUUUUAUCAUGUUCUUAUACCAAGGGAAAAAACUAGCCUAUUAAAGGAGUGGGACUUAUGGGGUCCAUUGUUAUUGUGUACCCUCAUGGCCACCAUCCUGCAAGGUUCGACAGAACGCGCUGACAACUCCAACGACGGGGGCCCGGAGUUUGCUGAGGUCUUUGUACUCGUAUGGAUCGGAGCCGCUAUUGUGACCGCUAAUUCCAAGCUCUUAGGUGGUAACAUAUCAUUUUUCCAAUCCGUGUGCGUCCUGGGCUACUGUCUGUUUCCCAUCGCGUUGGCGCUUGUCAUCUGCCGCAUCAUUUUGUUCACCACACAGAAUUCAUUUCUCUUCUUCCUGAGAUUAGUUAUUUCAAUGGUGGGCUUCGUUUGGGCAACAUUUGCGGCGACCAAGUUCCUCGGAGACAGUCAACCGGAAGGCAAAAAAGGACUGGCGGUGUAUCCAAUAUGUUUGUUCUACUUCAUUUUAUCGUGGCUGGUUGUCUCUCACAGUAACGUUUAA